GUUAUUGGCUACAAAAUGAAAUUUUUCGUCGCGUUGUUUGCCGUUAUCGCGGUUGUCGCCGCCGUUGAAGUGCCCAGCAAUGAUUACUUGCCGCCAGCUGAAGCGGUCGCAAUUGAACAAGUCGUUGUAGAGCCCCAGGAAGCCGCCGUCCUUGCUGAUGAUGGUUACCGUUACAAGACCGUCCGUCGCCUGAAAUACCGUCAUCGUCGUGAUGUUAGCGAAUUGCCUUCCAACGAAUACUUGCCCCCAGCAGCCAGCGCUCCAGUAGCCGUUGCUGAACCACAAGUCUUUGUUGAACCACAAGAAUCCGCUGUCUUGGCUGAUGAUGGUUACCGUUACAAGACCGUCCGUCGCUUGAAAUACCGUCAUCGUCGUGAUGUCAACGAAUUGCCCUCCAACGAAUACUUGCCCCCAGUCGCUGCUGCCCAGGAACAAGUUGUCUUCGAAGCUCCUCAAGAGUCCGCCGUCUUGGCUGAUGAUGGUUACCGUUACAAGACCGUCCGUCGCUUGAAAUACCGUCAUCGUCGUGAUGUUAGCGAAUUGCCUUCCAACGAAUACUUGCCCCCAGCAGCCAGCGCUCCAGUUGCCGUUGCUGAACCACAAGUCUUUGUUGAACCACAAGAAUCCGCUGUCUUGGCUGAUGAUGGUUACCGUUACAAGACCGUCCGUCGCUUGAAAUACCGUCACCGUCGUGAUGUCAACGAAUUGCCCUCCAACGAAUACUUGCCCCCAGCAGCCAGCGCUCCAGUAGCCGUUGCUGAACCACAAGUUUUUGUUGAACCACAAGAGUCCGCUGUCUUGGCUGAUGAUGGUUACCGUUACAAGACCGUCCGUCGCUUGAAAUACCGUCAUCGUCGUGAUGUCAAUGAAUUGCCCUCAAACGAAUACUUGCCCCCAGUUGCUGCUGCCCAGGAACAAGUUGUCUUUGAAGCUCCUCAAGAGUCCGCUGUCUUGGCUGAUGAUGGUUACCGUUACAAGACCGUCCGUCGCUUGAAAUACCGUCACCGUCGUGAUGUCAACGAACUCCCAUCCAACGAAUACUUGCCCCCAGCUGCCAGCGCUCCCGUCGCUGUUGUUGAACCACAAGUUAUCGAUGUACCACAAGAGUCCGCCGUCUUGGCUGAUGAUGGUUACCGUUACAAGACCGUCCGUCGCUUGAAAUACCGUCAUCGUCGUGAUGUCAACGAAUUGCCUUCCAACGAAUACUUGCCCCCAGCAGCUAGCGCUCCAGUAGCCGUUGCUGAGCAACAAGUCUUUGUUGAACCACAAGAGUCCGCUGUCUUGGCUGAUGAUGGUUACCGUUACAAGACCGUCCGUCGCCUGAAAUACCGCCAUCGUCGUGAUGUUAGCGAAUUGCCCUCCAACGAAUACUUGCCCCCAGCAGCCAGCGCUCCAGUAGCCGUUGCUGAGCAACAAGUCUUUGUUGAACCACAAGAAUCCGCCGUCUUGGCUGAUGAUGGUUACCGUUACAAGACUUUGCGUCGCCUUAAAUACCGUAAACGUCGCGUUUAAGCACACAUUUUGUCCGGACACAAGCUUCCUAAAUAUAUAGUACAAGUUAAGACCCCAUUUCAUUGACUACCUCAGCGAAUUUUUAUGCAACGAAUAAAGAACACAUUUUUGUUUAUAAAAAUA